UACUUUUGGAAAAAAAAUUGUCUGCUGCGAUUUCCGAUUAAUUUUUACUAAUAUCUCUAGUUUGCACCAAACUAUUGCCUAAAUAUUAGCAUAUAUAUCUGUAUAUACAGUUCUGAAGAUAUACGUUUCAAGAUAUUUUAAAGUCUUAAAAAGUGCCAAACUCAAUCUGUAAAUGAUCAACAGUGAUGUCUGACUAAAUAACUGCCUAUUUCACAUACUCAAUUUUGCAUCAUGACAAACACUAUAAAAAGAACUUUAUUUGAUAUUAUAUCUGGUAUGCGAGAUGCCAUAUUAGGAACAUUGAAAAUUCACAAAUUGGAUGAAGAAGUAUCUAAAAGGAGCGCUGGAUCAGUAAAGGCCCAGGAGCAACUGAGUGUUUUGGCGCAGAGAAGAGCAGAGAGAGAUCAGCAUAAAACUAGAGAAAAGAAAGUAGAGAGUGAGCCUAAAGUCCUACAUAGAAUCUUCUUAUGCUGUGCAUGGAAUGGAGGAAUAUUCUGGCUUUCCAUAAUCGCCUUCAAUGGAUUGUUACUACCCUGUAUUAGAUUCCUUCUUUACUUUGUAUACAGUGGAUCCUCAAAGCAGAAUUUUGUCUGGAGCUGGAUGGGCCCCCUACUGUCCUGGAUAUUUAGUGCUCUCUGGAUUCUACCUUUAUUUGUAAUCAGUAAAAUAGUCAACAGUCUCUGGUUCCAGGACAUUGCUGAUGCAGCCUAUAAAAAGGCACGUGGAAGACCACAGAUGCUGCCAAGUUUUAGCAAGGUUAUAGCAGACAUCCUGUUCAGUCUCCUGCUUCAGAGUUUGUUUCUUAUACAGGGUAUGCUAGCUAGUUUACUGCCAAUUCCUGCCAUAGGGUAUAUAGUAGCUCUCCUGCACAUGUGUCUUCUCUAUUCACUCUAUGCCUUUGAGUACAAGUGGUUUAACAUGGGCUGGCCAGUGCAACAGAGACUUUCCUACAUAGAGAGCAACUGGCCAUAUUUCUUUGGCUUUGGUCUACCACUAGCCCUCCUGACAUCUUGGCCUUCAUCAUACAUAGUUAGUGGCUGUGUGUUCUCUAUCUUAUUCCCACUAUUCAUCAUUAGUGCUAACGAAGCUGAGCCAAUCAGGGAAACAUUUGAGUUCCCGUUGCAGUUAUUCUCGCCAGUCAUCUCAUUAACAAACUCUAUAUUCCGUCACUCUGUAACCAAAACAAGACAAAGACAUACAAGUGGUCAUAAACAUCAAAAACGAUCUUCCAGUAAAUCUUGAUGAAAACAGACCAAAUAGCUAAUUGAAUGGAGCAGUUGUCUGCUUUCCUCUGAGCAUUAUUUGGCUGUUAUCUGCCUCAUCAUUUUUGGCUAUUUCAUGCAUGGCUGCCUCAUGUCUGGCUAUAUCUGGUGAUUCAUCAAACUGAACAUAUGAUGUUUACAAAGUACUGUCCAGCUGUAGUCACCAAGGAACUCAACAUUGGAAACAUGAGAUAGCCUUCCUGUUCCUAGUAUGUCCAUGGACUGACAGUGGUUCUGACUGUAACAUUGCUUAUAAUAUACAUUACACAUUUAUAGUAUACCAAAUGUACAGGGUGUCCAUAAUUUCCCUACUCUUUACACAGACUUU